UGACCCGAUUGACCAUAGGGAAUAUGGACGGCGAUCUGGCUGUGAAGAAGACGCUGCAGCAGUUUGUGGCUGAAUGGAAGCAAGAGCUAGUGACGCCAGGUCCGCCAGGAGGCCUCCUCCUGGGAAAGAGAGAGGACAGGCAGGUCGAGGAGGAAGAGGAGGAGGAGGAGGAGGAAGAGAAAGCGGCGGAGAUUCCGACCCAGAAGAAGUUAUCUCGUCGCGAGCCAUCUCCGUUGCUCGUGCUACCGCCUGGUCAGGUGGAGAAGACGGCCAGUGAGUCUUUUCAGGAGGAGAGGGAGAGUAAGCAGCGCUCUACUCCCAGCUUGCUAGACACCCUUAUAGCUGACCUGGACGACAUAAACACUGUUCCGUUCUUUGAGGUGAAGCUUGCUCGGGAACUGGCUCUCCUGAUAUUCCGUCACCUCGACAUGGUUGACCUCUGUACCUGUGCUCGGGUGAGCAGGAGUUGGCGGUCACUGGCCGAGGACAAUAUUCUGUGGGGCGGAGUCUGUCAGAAGAUGGGCUACGAUACUGCCACGGAAGAUGGACGACAAGUCGCGUGGAAAGCAGUUGUGAAGGAAAUAGUGCUCAGGAAGAAGAAAGAACUGAAAAACUGGAAGGAGCGUGUGUGUGGACUGAGUGACCUUCAACCUGACCGAGAUGGGGUCUUGGGGUGUGCUGACUUCUGUCGCCACCUCGAACAGCUACUGGCUGGGUACUCCAGCGGUGCAGUGUAUGUGUGGACUUUAACCUCUGAGGAAGGACCCCUUGUUCUGGAGUCAGGCCACGCCCACUUAAUGAGCUCGAGACCCGUCCUCUGCCGUAUCAGUAGAGGCUGGGCUGCAGUGGCCACUGAACAUGGUGAAGUGACAGUGUAUGAUAGCUGUGUUGGAGGAGCUGUCCAUAGAGCGAGGGGAUUGGGCCAUGUGACCUCUCUUGACCUCCGCUGGAGCCACGCCUCCCUGAUUGUGGGUGUGGCCACCUCAGUCACGGACCUCGGACCUGGUGAGGUGGAGCCUGUGGCCAGGGGUGAGGUGACAGUUCUGGUGUGUCGCGAAGGCUCAGACUGGCAGACACUGGUUGUCAAUCCUCUCCUCGACACCCCUUCUCCUCACACUAUUAAUCAGCUGGCUGUGUUGUUGGAGGAGGUUCCUGGUCUCCUCUACUCCACGCAGACAACCCUCUCCCUCCACCCCCUCCCCUCUUCCCCUCCUCACCCUCCCCCUCCUCCCCCGUCUCACAUCCUCACAUCCGCCGGCUCUGCUGGAGCUACCGUCAUAAACUGCUUUGACCACACCUCCUCCAUAGUUGCCUGCGCCACUAGUGCCUGGGGCUAUCAUGUGCAGCUGUAUGACCUUUGUACCAGUGGUCACCUGAGCACCCUGCGAGGCCACGCCCAGCCGGUCACGUCUCUCAACAUCCACAGCUCUCCUCCGAACACUCUGGUGACUGGGGCAGCCGACAGACGGUAUGUCGGAUUUCUUUCUGAGCUGCGAGAAUACUUAGCGUGGAGUUUUAUGAUAUGCUUUGAUGUCUGGCUAUAAUGUAAAAUUUAAAGUCCAGUAAUAUUUCAGAAGGCCAGUUUAAGGUGCUAUUGCUAUAAAGCCGAACUACCAAACUUCGUGAGAAAGCAUGCUAACUAAAUCUCGUAGUAACUUGCAUCGUGUUUACUGAGUGCCCAUGGCUCCAUUUCCCCGCCGCAUACAAAAUCACAUGUAUUUACACACGUAUUUAAUGCCGGCCAAAUACUUCUGUUACUUUGAGUUGCUGUCAACAAUUUAAAAACUUCUUAGAUGCUCAGUUUAGUGUAUAUAAAACAUGUAUAUACCGACAUUCCAUGCAUAAUUAUUAAUAUCUUGUUGUAGAUGGUGAUAGAAUAUGUAAGUAUCCUCAUACUAUAAUUAUAAUUAUAAUGACCUUCCCCCUGUGCUCUUGUGUGCAUGGUGAAGGGUGAGGGUGUUUGACACUCGGAGGGGGAGCCAGCCGGCCAUGACUCUGUCGGGCCACCAGGGAGCUGUGGUCUCCACUCAGUGCGAUGACUGGAAAGUUGCCAGUGUAAGGACGGGCUAGUGGUGGUGUGGGACAGAAGAAUGAGUGGAGAGUUGUGGAGCAGUCACGAGCGUCACCCAGUGGCCCGGUGCUGGUUCACCAGUCGCUACCUUGUGGCCGCACACCUCCCCCAGAGGAGGAGAACCGACGUGGUCUCUGGGGCCGCUGAACCUCUCCACAGAUGUCACCGGGGACUACUGAGGGUCAUGGACUUCUCUGUCGACCCUCUUUACUACACUCGCCUCCUCCCGAGUGUCUGUUCCAGUGGAUACGAUGAACCGUCCCGCUCCUUCCACCAUCUGGACCUCAAACUACCCUAUGACACCAUUUCAUGAUACCGUCUCACUCCUUUUGCUCAUCUUACAGUUUUCAGAUGCAAGUGUUUUUGAGCAAUCUUUUGUAUAAGCUAUACCUCCCCCAUUAUUGCUACUAUAUAUGGUUGCGUGUAGUUUGAUACCACAUGGCUUUUUUGCAGCGAUGGAUUUAUGUUGUGC